AUGGCCAAGCGCAAAGCUGCUCAGACUGCACCUGCGCCUGCUGCCCCUACCGCCAAGCCGCCCGCAAAGAAGGCGCGCUUCUCCAACCCUCCUCCCCCUCCUCCCGCCGCGUCCAGCUCGACACCUCGAGCCAAGCCCAAGCAGAAGGGCAAGGCUGCCGCCUCUACCGCCGCAGCAUCCGCACCUGGCGCCGUCAAGAACCCGGCCGCGCCCAAGCGCUUCACGGUCGCCGCGGGCUCGUACGAGCGCCUCCUGUACGGCCUCGAGUGCACCUUCGAGCCGGCGACCGGCACCGGCACCGACUUUGAGCUGUCGAUCUCGCCCAUCUUCUCGUUCCCGGCGCACCUGUCGAGCCUGAGAACGGUCGCGGCCAGCACCCUCACCCACGAGGGCACCGGCAGCGAGCGCAGGGUCGGCGGCAAGUACCUCGUCUCGGGCGGCAGCGACGAGAUCAUCAAGGUGUGGGACCUGCCGAGGCGCAAGGAGGUCGGGAGCCUCGAGGGAGACACGAUUGGCACCAUCACCUGCAUGCGCUUCGUCCCGCAGCGCAACAUGCUCGCCGUCGCCUCGACCGACUCGACCAUCGCCCUGUACCGCGUCCGCGACUGGAUCCUCCUCCGUUCCCUCAAGGGCCACAAGGGCCGGGUCAACUCGUUCGACGCGCACCCAGACGGUCGUGUCGCGCUCAGCGUCGGCGUCGACAAGAUGCUGCGCAUGUGGGACCUCGUCGCUGGCAAGUCGGUGACGGCGAUGAGGCUCGGAGGAGAGGGCGACGUCGUGCGGUGGAACACGAACGGCAGCAAGUUCGCCGUCAUCUGCGGGAGCGACUUGACCGUCUACGGCCUCGACAUGUCGAUCCACCACCUCCUCACCGCCAAGUCGCGCUUCCACGACGUCCGCUUCUGCUACUUCCCGCUCGACGCGACCGACCCGAACCAGCGCGAGUACCUCUUGGUCGCCUGCGAGGACGGCAAAGUGCGCGUCUUUGACGUCAGCAACCCCAACCCGAUCACGAUCGACGAGGACACGGACCUGGACGAGGUCGACCUGCCGUACCUGGACCCGGUCGCGCUCUUCUCGGGCCACUCGAACCGCGUCAAGCAGAUGGACCUCCUCGAGGUGGCGCUCCCGACCGCUGAGCCGUCGUCGACCAUGGUCCUCACGACCGUCUCGUCGGACGGCAAGAUCAACAUGUACGACCUCGCGCGCCUGCCUCGCGACGCGCCCGUUGCCGAGGACAAGGGCAAGGGCAAGAAGGCGACGAAGCCUGCCUCCGCCCCUGUCCCGGCCGACAAGCUUCCCGAGGUGCUGCCGAGCGCGACGUUCGACACGGACAAGACGCGCCUGACGUGCGUGACGGCUAUCGGCAUAGUCGAGAAGCGGGCCAGGACUGCCGGAGCGGACGGCGAGGCGCAGCAGGAGGAGGAGAGCAGCAGUGAGGACGACGAGGAAGGGAGCGACGAGGAGGAGCUGAGCGGGGAGGACGGCAGCGAGCUCGAGGUAGAAGGCGAGUCCGAGGACGAGGACGAGGAGGAAGAGGAGUUUGAGGGGAUCGAGGAGGAGGACUAGACGGUGCAGGACAUGCUCGUUUCCUCC